UUGUAGACUUGUAGUAGUGGGCUUUGAUAGAAGAAUAUCCAAAGCCCUAAGCCCAGUUCUUCUUUUAUAAACCUAAGUGUGUCUCUCAUUCUCCAUUCACUCAAGCUCUCGCCGCCUGCAGCCUCCAGCCUCCAGGAUUUUGUCGUCGUUGCGGGAGUAAUCAACUCAUUCAUCAAGAUGCAAAAUGAGGAGGGACAAAUCACUGAGCUCUACAUUCCCAGGAAAUGCUCAGCGACUAACAGGCUGAUCACCUCGAAGGAUCAUGCAUCUGUUCAGAUCAACAUUGGGCAUCUUGAUGAGAAUGGCAACUACACUGGCCAGUUCUCCACUUUUGCUCUCUGCGGUUACGUCCGUGCUCAGGGAGAUGCUGACAGUGGUCUCGACCGACUCUGGCAGAAGAAGAAAGCUGAAGUGAAACAACAGUAAUGAAGCAAGACUGAACUUGAGCUGAUUUUUCUAGUAUUUUGAAAUUUCUUUUUAGAGUAUGGAAGUGAACCAAUCUAUAAUGAUGUUGUGUAUUUGUUUUGAUGACGGGAUCAACUAGUUGGUGGCAUCUUUUUUGCGACUUUUAAAUUAUCUAGAUAUUCAAGCUUAAGUUUGCCAGAUUUUAUUGUUUCCGUGUUCUGUGGUUUUGAUAAAUUGCCAAAGCAUAUUUUUGAGCAAAUGCCAUGCUGUUUAAGAAGCUUUCAUAACACAUGUAGCUUCGGCCUUCUCACCUAACCCAUGUAAACUCAUACUUUUGAUGGGGAUUUGAUUC